CUCAAACACAGCAGAGACAAAGUAGUUGCCUCCAUCUUUGAUAUACUUUCUGAGCACAAACAUGAGCAAGCUAAUUCUAACAGCAGGUCUCUGUUUGAUUAUGACCAGUUUGGCCUCUUCUUUCAAACUGGUGUGUUACUACACCGAAUGGUCUCAAUAUAGAACAGGGAACGGCAUGUUUACGGUUUCAGAUAUUGAUUCAAACCUGUGUACCCAUCUGAUCUACGCCUUUUCUGUCAUUAAUGAUGCCAAUGAGCUGGUACCCAGCAUAGACACACACAUUUACAAACCCUUUAAUGGACUAAAAGAUAGAAAUGCGGAUCUCAAAACCCUUCUGGCAGUUGGUGGUUGGACUUUUGGCACCCAAAAAUUCACCACAAUGGUAUCAACAGCAUCCAACAGGAACACAUUUAUUCAGUCCUUUAUCACACUACUGAGAAACGAAGGUUUUGAUGGGUUACACCUGGACUGGGAAUUUCCUGCACAACGAGGGAGUCCUCAACAGGAUAAACAGGGAUUCACACUGUUGUGCAAGGAACUCCAAGAUGACCUUCAUGGCACCUGGGACGGGGUCACAGGACAUCACAGUCCCUUAUACCAAAGCUCCCAAGACACUGAAAGUCAAACAUACUUAAAUACUGACUAUGCAAUGCAAUACUGGCGAGACCAGGGGGUUCCUGCUGAAAAACUAAUUUUGGGAUUUGCUGCAUAUGGACGAACAUUUACCCUGUCGACUACAUCCAGUAAGGUUGGAGCACCAAUCAGUGGAGCUGGCUAUGCAGGCAGUUACACGCUGGAGGAAGGAUCAUGGUCCUAUUAUGAGGUUUGUCUUAAUCUUAAAGGAAAUACAGUAUAUUGGAUUGAAGAACAGAAAGUUCCAUAUGGCACCACAGGAAACCAGUGGGUUGGAUUUGAUAACAAUAGCAUUAAUGCAAAGACCAACUACAUAAAGGAAAACAACUUUGGAGGAGUCCAUGUCUGGUCUCUGGACCUGGAUGAUUUUAAUGGAAAGUUCUGUGAUCAGGGCAAAUACCCCCUCAUCAGCCAUCUGCAUAGUCUUCUGGUUUCAGGAGUUCCAGUCAUGACCACUACAAGUACCAGCGCCGCCGCCACCACCACCACUACAACCUCUGCUGGGAAAUUUGAUCCAACUUUCUGUAAAGGAAAGACCAACAGGCUUUACACCAACCCAUAUAACCCAAACUCCUUUUAUAAUUGUUUCAGUGACUUUACAUAUCUCCAAAACUGCCCCUCUGGUUUAAUAUACCAAGAUAACUGCAAAUGCUGUAACUGGCCCUAAAUGAGCAUGCAUAAUCCAUGAUGGGUAGCAUAAACUUAACACAAAAGGUGUACUGCAAAAGCUGGUGUGAGUGUUUUUUUUUUUUUUAAUUCUUCAAAGCUUUGUCUUCUAUGCUUGCUUUAGGCUAUUGUCAAGCUCUUGUUAUGUUAUGUGUUGUUUGGUUGAAUAACUCAUAGUUAGCACAAGUCUGAGAGUAAACUAGUAAAAAAUAUUUUCUU